AUACAGCCUCUGGGGGUGAGACCCCCGAUUUUUUUGGCAUUCCGUUUCCGACUUCCGUUUAUAUAUAAGUAAAUAUGCUGAACCAUUGCAAUGGAUUCAGAGUUUGCAGUGACGCCAAUUAUGUUCCGCCUUGUUAGUUCACCGCACGGGCUCUUCCGCUCUUCUUCUGGAGGAAAGAUCUCCAUUCACUGAAUGUAGAGUCUGUAGAGACUACCAAACAUGUAAUGCUAUGUUGUCGGGAAGUGGCUAAACAGAGCAGUCUCACUCUGAAGUCGCUGAAAUCCAGCACUUGGUCAGUGACUUGGGGCGUCAGAAACCAAUGUAAAAAGGCUUCCUUUAACUUCGGCAUGAUAUGCAGCGGGAAAAGGACGAAAGUUAAGAUGGUGAAAGUCCGAAAUUAGGGCAGGUGGGAGGGGUGGUGGAUGGGUCCAAUGAACACCGACUUUCACCCAAGAGAGCGGUGUUUGUGUCCCGUAAGAUUGUAAAGCCAGUGUGUUUAUUUUGAAAGAGACUGUAUGUAAAUGUUAAAUUUCCUGUGAAAACAGAAGUGUAUGUUGAAAGAAGAGGACUCAACACGGUGUUUCAGAACGUCAGUGACAAUACACCCAGGGUACCUUGCACGUUGUAUCUGGAUGUGGAAAGUCAGUGACCAAAACGCUAAUAUGUGACGAGGUCAGAGUGAGAAUGGGUUGCUCCAAAGCUAAAUUUUGGUGAGGAAAAUCAGUCCUGCCCCAUUUUCAUCACCCGAUAAGCUUGUACUUCAUUAUUGCUUGCAUAAGUUAAAUAAUGUCACCAAUUAGAUGGUAAAGAUGAUAUCUUAUAUCUUACAUGGCUUAGUCAUUGUUAUUUUGCUGCGCUGGUGUGGCCGCUUACACUCCAGAUAACUCCUGCUAGAAAUCAAAUCUAAUCUGACUCAAAUCUUUAUUUAGGGACGCGCCUUCUCAAACAUUCUGAAAACAAACACCACAAUCUGGACAAACAUGUUUGACAUCUGCAUUUCUUAACUGAUAUUUGUGGUCCACACCUAAAAGUUUGUAGAUAACGAAGCAAUAUAAGUUAUGGAUGGUUUGUUGAGUCGUCCACAUUUUGACCAGUGGGGUGGCUCGCUGUGAAAUCCUCCUGGCUGUAAGAUCGCUCGUCUCUGCAAGAAUGAAGGCUGGUCACAGGUGUCUCCUUUUCCACUGCAUUUUGCUGUCCGUCACUUUUUUGUGCCACGGAAACAACGUGUUCUUCAAUGACAAUAGUAACCUCAUACUCCCGGGGUCCUACAAUAUUCCAUGGAUGGCGGGCAUUGAGGAUUUCCGCAUCCUCUCUUCCAUCACCAUCCCUGGUUCCCAUGACAGCAUGGCCCUGUACGGAGGUCCAGAGGUUAAAUGCCAGGCUUUGUCCCUGAGGGAUCAGCUCAGAGCUGGCAUUCGUUUCCUGGAUCUCAAAGUGUUUGGACUGGGUGACACCCUCUAUGUCAUGCACGGGGUUAUGUUCCAGCGCAGCACUCUCAAGGAUGUCCUAGCCACUGUGCGAACCUUCCUGUCAGAGUUUAGGUCUGAGGCUGUGCUCAUUAGAGUGCAACCAGAGUCCUUUGAGAAGAGUACUGUCAAUCAAAUGGUGCAGAGUCUUAUUGGCAACGACCAACAUGUGUGGGUGAACUCGGGGAUGCCAAAUAUGGGUCAGGUCAGGGGGAAAAUUGUGUUCUUGCAGAAGAGCACCUUCACAUUGGGAAUUCCUCUCAUAGAUACAGGCAGGAAAGGUAGCAACGAGGUUAGCGACGUUAAAAAUAAAGACAACAGAAUCAUCAAGCAGCUGAACCAAGCCACUAUAGCCUGUGGAGGUGAUAACGUUGUUCUGACGUACACUAGCGGCACAGGCUUUGGUACUUUCUGGGGAAUGUUUCUGACUCCAAAGGGAGUGGCUGAGAAGGUGAACCCAUGGCUCAACCAGUACCUGAGACAGUUUUACCCCAAUCAGCCCAGACCGUGCUUUGGUGUCAUUGCCAUGGACUUCCCUGGCUUUGACCUCAUUCAAACUGUUAUCAACUUAAACUGGUGGUAGUCGUGUACAAUGUGCCCGAUCGUGUGUUUGAGAGGUUGAGGGUUUGAAUCUGAUACACUAUGGAAUAUUUACCCUUCACUGUAAACUGAUGAAACUGAAAUAUCUGGAAAUACAAAAUGUCAUCUGAAAACUCUCCUUGUCUUUGUCAGUGGAAUCCUUAAAUGCUUAAAUGUGGCAGCAAUGGCAGUAACAUUUUGUGCAUCAUGACAAAAAUAAACUUCA